AUGCCUUCCUACAUCGUCACGGUGGCCACGGGCAGCCAGUGGUUCGCGGGCACAGACGACUACGUGUACCUGAGCCUGGAGGGCACGGGUGGGUGCAGCGAGAGGCACCUCCUGGACAAACCCUUCUACAACGACUUCGAGCGCGGCGCGAUUGACUCCUAUGAUGUACCUGUGGAAGAAGACCUUGGAGAAAUUCAGCUAAUAAAAAUUGAAAAACGAAAAUAUUGGUACCAGGAUGAUUGGUACCUUAAGUAUAUUACUGUAAAAACUCCAGUGGGUGACUAUUUGGAGUUCCCAUGUUAUCGCUGGAUUACAGAUGAAAGAGAGAUUGUCCUUCGAGAUGGAAGAGCCAAACUACCCCAGGAUGACAAGACCCACAUUCUCAAGCAGCACAGAAGGAAGGAGCUCGAGACCCGUCAAAAAAUGUACCGCUGGAAGGAGUGGCAUCCAGGCUUUCCCCUGAGCAUCGAUGCCCUUUCACACAGUGAUCUGCCCCGUGAUAUACAGUUUGACAGUGAGAAAGGAAUUGAUUUCAUUCUGAACUACUCUAAAGCGAUGGAGAAUCUUUAUAUCAACCGUUUCAUGCACAUGUUCCAGUCCUCCUGGAGUGAUUUUGCAGAUUUUGAGAAGAUCUUUGUCAGAAUCAGCAACACAAUCUCUGAAUAUGUGAUGCAGCACUGGAAAGAAGAUUUUAUGUUUGGCUACCAGUUCCUGAAUGGAUGCAAUCCUGUGCUGAUCCGGAGAUGCACAGAGAUACCUAAGAAGUUGCCUGUGACUAUGGAUAUGGUAGAAUGUAGUCUGGAAAGGAACCUUACCUUGGAGGAGGAAGUGAAGCAAGGAAACAUUUUCAUUGUGGACUACGAACUGCUGGAUGGUGUGGAUUCCAAUAAAACAGACCCAUGCACAAUACAGUACUUGGCUGCACCCAUCUGUCUGCUGUAUAAAAAUCUGGAGAAUAAAAUUGUACCCAUUGCAAUCCAGCUCGGUCAGAAACCUGGGCCAGACAACCCCAUAUUCCUUCCCUCAGAUGCCACCUACGACUGGCUGCUAGCUAAAAUUUGGGUUCGCUCCUCUGAUUUUCACAUCCACCAGACAGUGACCCAUCUCUUACGGACACACUUGGUGUCAGAGGUGUUCAGCAUAGCCAUGUUCCGGCAGCUGCCUGCUGUACACCCCCUCUUCAAGCUCUUGGUGCCCCACAUGAGAUUCACAAUAGCCAUCAAUACCAAAGCUCGAGAACAGCUUAUCUGUGAAUGUGGCCUUUUUGAUAAGGCAAAUGCUACAGGUGGAGGAGGACAUGUACAAAUGGUGCAGAAAGCAAUGAAGGAUCUGACUUAUAGCUCCCUCUGCUUCCCUGAGGAGAUCAAAGCUAAAGGGAUGGACAGCAAAGAGGAUAUCCCCUACUACUAUUACCGGGAUGACGGGAUUAGAGUCUGGGAGGCUAUAAAGAAUUUUGCAGAGGAAGUUAUUCACAUCUACUAUGAGAGUGAUGAGAUCGUGUGUGAGGAUGUGGAGCUCCAGGCCUUCGUCAAAGACAUUUACGUCUAUGGAAUGAGGGGUGUGAAGGCUUCAGGGUUUCCUAAGCUGAUCAGAACACGAGAGAAGCUGGCAGAAUACCUCACAGUGAUAAUAUUCACCACAUCAGCCCAGCAUGCAGCUGUGAAUUUUGGUCAGUAUGAUUGGUGCUCCUGGAUUCCCAAUGCCCCACCAACAAUGCGCUGCCCUCCUCCAGCAGAAAAGGGGACAGUGACCAUAGAGCAAAUUGUGGAGAGUCUGCCAGACAGGGGACGUUCUUGUUGGCAUCUUGGAGCUGUCUGGGCCUUGAGUCAGUUCCAGGACAAUGAACUGUUUCUGGGCAUGUACCCAGAUGAACACUUUGUGGAGAAGCCAGUGAAGGAGGCCAUGGCACGAUUCCGCAAGAACCUGGAUGAGAUCGUCAACACCAUCACUGAACGCAACAAGAACAAAAAACUUCCUUACUACUACCUUUCUCCAGAUCGUAUUCCCAACAGUGUUGCUGUUUGAGCAGAUGACACCCAGGAAGUGUGUGGUGCCUUUCCUGUAACAUCAUUCUUUUCACUGAACUUUCAGAAAUGGAUAAAAUAAGUAACCCACUCUCUCCAUCAGAGCUGACCUGUAGCUGGUUGGUUUGGACUGUCAAAACAAGUUUGGUUAUGACUGAUCUUGCAGAAAAGGUCUAGUUAGAAACCUCUAGGUCAAAUUUCUUACUAGUUUAUUUUUCUGAGAUCAUCUAAUGAAUCUUAGCCUCAAUAGCCAUGUUUCUGUAAGUUUUUCCCUCUCCUGGUCAAAACAAUAUAACCACAGACUCACUGAUUUUAUUCAGUGAAAAAUAGUAUCAGAAGCCAUAAGCAAGUCACAUUGUAAAAAUCCUUCCUAUUUUUAUUAGGUGAUGCUGUUGACAUAUAAAAAUAUAGUCUUCAAAGUUUAUUCCCUGGAUGUUUACUACAUCAACUAGCAGGGUUUGGUUUAGCCUCUGCCACCAGAGGUUGAUGUACUUCGUACACAUGGACAAAUGUUUUGCUUAGCACAGUGGCACCAAGCCCAGUUUAUGUUCAGUUUCUGUUUCAUCGCUGGAUUUUGUGGAUAGUUUCUUCUGUGUUAUGAGGAAUGAAGAGGCUACUUAUAAAAAGUAGGUAAAUGAUAAAAUGAUAAAAUUUGUGGAGAAAAAUUAAUUGACCGCUCCUAAGGGCUCCUAAGUUUUGGGCAACAAAGCAUAACUGGCAUAUUUCACCUUAGAAAUAACUGAGUUUUGUCUGUUAGAAGUGGUUAUUCUCAAGUUCUUUGGCUUUGGUUAAGGCUGAGAAAGUUACCAAGAUGAUGAAAGUAAAAAUGAGGUCUGGGAAAUU